ACCAUUUUUUUCCUUAUCGAACGAAGACGUGAGAACAAGUGUCUUCUUUCAAACAUGGUAGAAUACAUUAGAAUAUUAUUGCAUAUCGUAGAAUAUAAAUAGAAUAGAGCAAACAUGGUAGAAUACAUUAGAAUAUUAUGGAAUAUCGUAGAAUAUAAAUAGAAUAGAGCAUAUUCAAUUAGUCACUUGAAAUGACAUUACUUAUUUCGGAUUCCACUAUUCCUAAUGUGACAGACACUUUUUAUAUUGACCUUGGUCUGAGUUUUACUGCUAUAAAUAAGUUACAUCAGGAUGCAUUUGAAAGUAUUUCAGUGCUUACCUAACAUGUUAUAUUUAUGAGAUAGAUACAUUAGCACCUUUCCCGACAGGUGGCAGUUUCUAUGGUAACAGACACACAGGCAAGAUGGCGUUCCUUCACUGGAGUUGCCAGGACGUGGCAAAAUGGAUAAUAUCCUUAGGAUAUCCACAUUAUACAGCCUGUUUCACUGAGAACCUCAUCACAGGUAAAAAGCUGAUUUAUGUAAAUUGCUGCUAUCUGCCAAGAUUAGGAAUCACAGACUUUGAGGAUAUGAAGGCCAUCUCUGCCCAUGUGCGUGAGCUGCUGGGGACAUCAGAGCCGCUGUGGAGCCGCAGCAUCGCAGACCCCCCCAGAGACAGCAUGGGCCUGUUCCUGGAGAAGAAGAGCAGAACAGGGGACUGGGCCGAUUCCUUCACCUACACACAGUUCCUCGACAGGAAACAAUGAAUGGAAUCUGUCCGUCUGAUAAAAGAAACAUGAAUGAAUGAGCUGUCUGUCAGUGUGUUGUUUGUAAGAUGACAUUAGUUGUGAAUGAUGAGACAAUAAUGUUCCAUUCAAUUACAGAUGUUGAGACACUAUAUCAAGACAGUGUUUUGUAAGGCACUUUGUGAUUAAAUUGGUGUUCUGGGGUGUGCAUUUAGUUUUUCAGAUGAUUUCAUUUGUAAUAAUGUGAUUGUGGGGUAACAUCUGGUGAAGUGAAGGGCUUAGAACUAUAACCCUGUAGUUAGUGCACUACCUGCUGUGCCAAAGGGUCUAGACCUCCUGACAUAGUGUGCAUGAAAACAGAUAAAUAUUCUAAGCCAAAGGCCCCUUAAGGCAAUGUUCCACUUAUGCAUGGACCGACAGAGUAUGAAGGUUUAUUGAAUGAAAUGAAUACUCAAUUGGUCCAUGAACAGUUGGCACACAGUUUCCUCAUUACACUGUCCUUUAUUGAUUAACUAGGUAAUGCAAGGUACAACAACAGGAUGUCGUUUUCUGCAUCCUAAAAUAAUGUAUUAGACAGAGGAAAACUCAAAAGGCUCUUGAAAUUACCACAGAUCCCUUCAUUCCAACACCUUGGGCUCAAGCUGUCUUUAUUGAUCUGAACCAUGCCUGUAUACAGUGUCUGAAUGAGGCUGAAUUGAUCUGCAGUAGAGAUCCUCAGUGUAGUGCUGUAUUAGAUGAAACCCGACACUUUGUGUAUUAUGAAUUGCUGUGGUAAGAGGCAGGAAUGUAUUUGUUCUGAGGAAGAGUCAUAUUUCCUGUUAAGAGAACGCACUCAGAGAACACCUGUGUUAAGUGCAUUUUCAACGUGAAGAAGUGCAGAAGAUGAUAAGAUGACCUCAGAGGUAUCAUUCCCAGGCAUCUUCAUCACGUCUUCAUGCCACAAUACCAUGUUAGCCCGUUGAUCUAAAGCCUAUACAGCUCAGGUACUAACGCAAGUCUUCAGGUCUCAAGCAAGGUUGUAAAUCACUGAAGCACCUCCAUUACAGAAACACAUCAGCAAUAGCCUGUGGCUAGCCCUGUGCUUUAGCCUGAGGAGUAGGUGCCAGAGGCAAAGCAGGGAGUGCCAAGGCGGUUAUAGCCAACCUGUCAUUUUCUUGCCAAACACCCUUGUUUGGCAUGAGAAGGAUGUUGCCUUGUAUAAUGCAGAAAUAGUUAGGUUGAAAGAUGCUGAAAUUAGCACAUAGUACAAGGCUGUUCUUCAAUUUGCCAGUACAUGAUACACAUUGUAAG